AGCAACUUCUGAUCAGUUGAGUGGAACCUCUUACCUUUGAGCCACAUUGGUUUCUCCUCCCCUUCAUUUAUUUACAUUUCAUUUAGUGAGUUUUUCUAAGCUACAAAAUAGUAUGGAUCCUGUCUUGUUCAAAGCUGCAGAAGCAGGCAAUAUCGGUCCCUUUGAGAAUUAUCAAACCUGCAGCCUCAAUCAGUUAUUGACUCCAGACGAGAACACCAUUCUUCAUGUCUACUUGAAAAACCAAAGCAGUGAACCGGAAUUCACUGAUUUUGUUGAUAUAAUUCUAGAAAGGUGUCCACCACUGUUAUUCCAAGCCAAUAAGAGAGGAGAAACCCCCCUCCAUUUGGCAGCAAGAUAUGGCCAUUCCAAUGUGGUAAAAGUCCUAAUUGACCGUGCAAAAGCUCUACCUGCAGAUCCGGAGAGCGGAGUAACUAAAGCUAAAAUGAUGUUGAGGAUGACCAAUGGAGAGCGAGAUACAGCGUUGCACGAGGCAGCUCGAAAUAGCCGGAGCCAUGUGGUGGAAAUAUUGACUAAGGAGGACCCUGAGUUUUCAUAUCCCGCCAAUGUACAUGGAGAAACUCCACUUUAUAUUGCUGCUUAUAUUGAUGAUUACAGUUGGGGUCAAGAACGAGAAAAGGUGAUCGAUGAAAUCCUUACUAAUUGCAUCUCAGUGGACUAUGGCGGCCCUAAUGGUAGAACUGCUCUACACGCGGCAAUCGAGGUGGGAGAUCAUGUUUCAGAGACAGCAAGAAAAUUGUUAGAAAAAGAAAAGAAGUUGACGCAAACAACCGAUGACAAUGGCUGGUCACCCCUUCACCACGCUGCUUGUUAUGACUGGUCUCCUCGUAUAGUGCAAGUAUUACUAGAAUAUGAUGCGUCCGCGGCCUACAUUGCUGAAACAGAGAAGAAGAGAACAGCUCUUCACAUUGCAGCCAUUCAAGGACAUGUAAACGCAAUGAAAGAGAUUGUUUCUCGAUGUCCAGCUUGUUGUGAGCUAGUUGAUAACAGAGGUUGGAAUGCCCUUCACUAUGCUGUGGCCAGUAAGAGAACCGAAGUAUUCAAGGAAUGUCUGAGGAUUCCAUUACUUGACAGACUUAAAACGAAGAAGGAUAACAAAGGAAACACGCCCUUCCAUCUAAUUGCUGCUUUAGCACUCAAGCUCGACAACUGGUUACUUGUUUUUCGGUUUACAGAAGAAGGAAUAUAUGGCCUUAAUAAGCAAAAGCUGAGCAUCAAGGACAUAUAUAACGGACGUUUAGCUGAGAUACAGGAGAUCCUAGAAUCCCUUGAAGAUGUUGGCAGUGGACCGUUUGGCUGCCGCCGGCGCAUUGUUCUGGAAGAAACGAAUGAGAAAAACAAAAAGGAAAAGGAUGCUUCGAAUAAAGCAUGAGUCUUUGAUUACUCCAGUGAAGACAAUCAAUAGGAUAAAAAAAAACAGAGAGAAGGAAUUAUUAAAAAAUGCAAGAUCCAUGGUAUCAUGGAAAGAUGAAGAAAACCCAGUACGCCAGUUCGCUCAAUAAACAAGGCCACAGACAAUUGACAAUGAAGAAAACCCUUUACAUGCUUUGAACUUUGAAGACGAUGCGCCGCGUAAACAAACAGAAAUUU